AUGGAAAUAAAUUUAAAAUUAAAUUCAUUAGUUUUUAAUGAAGUAUUACCAUAUCUAUUAUAUAAUAAUAAUUAUAAAAGAAUAUUAGAAUUAAGUUUAAUUUCAAAACAAUCAUUUCAAAUCAUUCAAAAUUUAUUAACUCAUAAACAUAUCAUCAAAAUUAAACCAAAUAAUCUAAUAAACUCAAUAAAGAAAUCAAGAGAAAAUAACAAAUAUGAACUAUUUUUAAUAAAGUAUAAAGAGUUGGAAAGUAUCCAUUUCAAACAUUGCAAUAUUUAUUCAAAAAAGAAAUUCAAAAAGAUCAAGAGUGAACUUUUAGAACAAUGUGAACAAUUAAAAAAAGUUAUUUUCAACAAUACUAAUGUUGAUACAAUGGCUAGUAAUCCAACAUAUGAUAAUUUUUAUGAAUUUAGAGGUUUAGAUUUAUAUUGGAACUCAGAAGAUCGUCCAUGGUCAAACGAAACCGAAUUAAAAAAAGAAACUUUAAUAAUAGACGAUUCAUAUAUAUUUUCAUUUGAAUUUUUAUCAAGAUAUCCAAAUUCAAAGAAAAUCUCAAUAUCACUAACUAAUUGCGAUUCGAGUAUGUGUUUAGAGAAUUUGGAUGGUAUUUUAAAAAAUUGUUGUAGUACAGUAGAAUCUAUUAAAUUUUACGUAUACAAUACACCCCAUAAUUUUGUUGGAAAAGUAAUAAAUUCAAAAUCACCAGCAAUCAAAUCAUUCACUGUUAGAUUGGCCAACUAUGACACAAGUAAAUUGGUUGCAAAUUUAUUUAGAGAAUCAGAAAUCUCAAAAAAUAAUAUAUUAAAGGUGUUAAAAUUAAAAUAUUGUGAGGAAAUUUCCACUCCAUAUCUUAACCAAGAGCCAACCGAAUUUUUAGAAACACUAAUAGGUAAUCAAACUUUAGAAACAUUGGGUUUAGAAUUAUUCAAAGUAAGCAACUCGGAAAAACUAUCACCACUUAUCCAAGUACCAAAUAUUACAACAUUAAUAUGCAAUUUCAACUCUUUCGAUGCCUUUCUUUUACAUUGCAACGAAAAUCAUAAUAUUACCACUUUAAAAGCUGGUUGGGAUGCUCAUCAAGACCCUUUUCUCGAUGAUAACAUUCAAGAUUAUGAUUUGGUAAAUGCACUUUCAAAUUUCUUUAAAAAUAAUAAAUCAUCAUUGCAUUCAAUUAUAUUUUAUAGAACAGCAGAUGAUUUAAAAGGAAGUAUCAUAAAAGAAAGAAAUAAUAUUAAUAACAAUAUAAAAAAUAUAACUUUUAAAAUUUUAGAUCCAUAUUCCUCCAAAGAAAUUAUAUUAUAA